CCGACCCCCUCACCCAGGACAAGGCCAAGGGGCUACUGGACAAGGCCCUCGCACAGAGACCAGACUACAUCAAGGCAGUGGUCAAGAAAGCAGAACUACUCAGCCGGGAGCAGAUGUACGACGAGGGCAUCACGUUGCUAAGGAACACGUUAGCCAAUCAGAGCGACUGUGUGCUGCACAGGAUGCUGGGAGAUUUCCUAUUCGCCGUCCAGGAGUACCAGGAGUCAAUCGACCAAUACAGCAUAGCACUCAGCCUGGACCCCAAUGACCAGAAGUCGUUGGAGGGGAUGCAGAAGAUGGAGAAGGAGGAGUCUCCGAUGGACGCCACGGUGGAGCUGGAUGGAGACGACAUGGAGGGCAGCGGAGAAGACGCAGAGCUGGAGGGCAGCGACAGCGAAGCAGCGCAGUGGGCAGACCAGGAGCAGUGGUUUGGAAUGCAGUGAUGAAGACACACACACACACACACACACACACACACACACACACACACACACACACACACACACACACACACACACACACACACACACACACACACACACACACACACACACAGACACCAAAAUCCCUCUCAACUCUCAAUAUCCCAGUCGAUUGGCUUUUUCCUCUCUCUCUCUCUUACUGUGCCGUUCAUCUUAUUAAUUUGCAUAUGUGCCUGGAAGUGUGUGUGUGUGUGCGUGUGUGUGUGUGUGCUCGCACGUGUGUGUGUGUGUGUGCUCGCACGCGUGUGCGUGUGCGUGUGUGUGUGUUGUGCGCGCAUGUGUGUGUGUGUGUGUGUGUGUGCGCGUGUGCGUGCGUGUGUGUGUGUUGGUCUCUUGGUUUCCUAACACCUUUUAGCAGUGUAUUUGCUAAAGUAAAAACAUGUACAGGUAUGCUGCCCUACAAAGGAGCCAAGUGCAGAAACCACGUACUCGGGGCCGGAUUAAGAUGGCCUGGGGCCCCUAGGCUACAGGUUGCUCUUGGGCCCCCCGGAAGUCAAAUACUGCGACAAAUGUACAUAGACAGUGUCAUAAUUAUGAGCUAAGAAGUAAGGAUAGCAUGUCUACCAACUGUACUGAACACAGCAGAUACAUUUUCAACAUUGUGUCUUGUCACAAUUUAGUACUUUCCACUUUUGGCCAAUCAGGGGCCCCCUGGCAGGUGGGGGCCCUAAGCUUCAGCCAUAUCUAGCCUAUGCAUUAAUCCGGGGCUGCACUUACUGCACUGUGUCCAAAUUAAGUUCUGCCUGAAAAUGGUCUUCAUGACGCCUCCUUUAUCUUGUGACAAAGCCUUAUGGUCCAAACGUGUCCCGUGUUAUAUAAAUUGCUGUGUAAAAACUGCAAUAACUACAAUAUCCAACCUAAUACCAAGGGGUCAAAGACGAGCAAAAUGAAAUUGUCAUUCAGUGUUACGGAUACCUUCUGCUGACUGUAACUGUUAAAAAAAAACAAAAAAAACAUGAUUUUUAAAUUGUUUCAAGUGAAUGGAUGACAGCCGAGGCUUUCAUGAAUUCACUGGAAAAAUAAAUAAAAUA